CCGGCUACUCGAAGUGCAUGACGUCAUUUCCGCUCGUGUCUUGGCAGGGAGGAGGCGGGGUGCUGAAAUGACAUUCGGCCCCACCAACCAAAGCAUAUUUCCCGAAGCCCCGUUGAUUAGGAGCAAUAAAGCGCUCUUGACAUCCGUCCAGGAAGACGGAGACACUUAUUAGCCAGAUAGCUGGCUGAACACCUUACGGCAAAAUGGCGGCGGGUAAUGUCAACCCGUUUAACGUGAGUGAUUCGGAGGAGGAAGCGGAGCAGACGCAGGAUGGCGCGGACACCGAGCGCAGCCCGAGCGAUGAAGCGCAAGGCCAUAGCCUCGGUCCCUUCUCCCCGCCGGCGUACUCCGAGCCAGCCGUUCUGCUGUCUAGCAACAGAACAAGCCCGGGUGUGGACGGUAUACCCGCGUCGGCCGCUGCGGUGGCUGGGAUCGGAGGAGGAGGCGCAGAGACUCGGGUGUCGCUGGAUGCGAUCGCCGCGCAGCUGCUCCGGGAUCAGUGCAUCCUCACGGCCCUGGAGCUGCACACCGAGCUGCUCGAAGCCGGACGCGAGCUGCCUCGCCUGCGGGAUUAUUUCUCCAAUCCAGGCAACUUCGAAAGGCAGAGCGGAACUCCACCCGCAUGCAAAGAGCAAGGUGUCGGUCCUGGAGGUCCACUUAAUCGAGCUGGCAGCAUUAGUACAUUGGACUCCUUGGAUUUUGCACGGUAUUCAGAUGAUGGCAACAGAGAGUCAGACGAAAAAGUGGCAGUUCUGGAGUUUGAACUGCGGAAAGCCAAGGAGACCAUUCAGGCUCUUCGUGCCAACUUGACUCAGGCUGCAGAAUGUGAGAUUCCCUCUCAAGAGAGAAAGAACUACAAAUCCAGUCCUGAAAUUCAGGAACCUAUUCGCACUCUUGAAAAGAGAGCCUUAAAUUUUUUAGUUAAUGAGUAUUUAUUGAAAAAUGAAUAUAAGUUAACAUCCAUCACAUUCUCAGAUGAAAAUGAUGAUCAGGAUUUUGAGUUGUGGGAUGAUGUGGGUCUAAACAUUCCCAAACCUCCAGACCUGCUGCAGCUCUACAGGAACUGUGGGAACAGCCUGCCAUUGCAUCGGGAUACCGUGGAUGUGGCGGUCAAUGUGGAUCCGAAUGACUUGCCAGGAGACUAUUUUACCCAGGAACCUGUGCAGCAAACUGAGGCUGUACAGCAGCAGGAAGUGGUUCAGGAGCUGGAAUAUCAGAUCAGCCUGCUGAACAGUGAGAAACAGAGUCUGGCUGAACAGAUUAAAAAACUCCAAAGUGAUAUACAGGCACUUCAGAGGAAUGUUUCAUCAGAACCCACAUCUGCAGUGAAGUUGAUUCAGUCUAAAGAAGACACUCCAUGUGGUAAACCCCCCCUAGACAAUGGACAGUAUUUGGACAUACGAGGGGUCACCGAAAUGGACAGCUCCUCAGAUGCCAACACUACAAAGACCUCAACCACUACUACUGCUACUACUGACUGCACUGAAAGCACCACCACUGCUACACAACCUUACAACAAACUAAAGAGUCAGCAGGGUAAAACCUCUGUGCAAUUUGACCAGCCCAACAGAAAGCUGUCUCCGGCCUUCCACCAAGCACUUUUGUCCUUCUGUCAAAUGUCUGCUGACAGUCGGCUGGGCUCAGAGGUGUCUCGAAUAGCUGACAGCGAGCAGAGCGUCAUGCUCAUGCUGGGCCGCUGUCUGCCACACAUCGUACCCAACGUCCUGCUGGCCAAGCGAGAGAGAAUGGUUGUGCACCUCUGUCAGGAGUUGAUUCCUCUCAUUCUGUGUACGGCCUGCCUGCAUCCCGAGCCCAAAGAAAGAGACCAGCUACUGCACAUCCUCUUUAAUCUUAUCAAGAGACCUGACGAUGAGCAGAGGCAGAUGAUUCUGACCGGGUGUGUGGCAUUCGCCCGGCAUGUGGGUCCCACUCGGGUGGAAGCCGAACUCCUGCCACAGUGCUGGGAGCAGAUCAACCACAAGUAUCCAGAGAGAAGACUUCUGGUGGCGGAAGCAUGUGGAGCCCUGGCCCCUUAUUUACCCUCUGUAAUGGAGAGUCUGAUGUUUACUCACUUCCUCAUGAGAAUGAACACUGUGAGCAUUUUUACUUGCAUCGAGAAGCUGCUCAAGCAGGGUGAAUAUGGUCUAGAUGAACACAAGCUGCAUAUGUAUCUGUCAGCACUUCAGUCCCUCAUCCCGUCUCUGUUUGCGGUGCUGCUUCAGAACGCCCCCUUCACCAGCCGAGCCAAACUACAGGGCGACGUGCCUCCAAUCGAGGUGACCCGAUUCCCGCGGCCAGCCUCCCCGUUGCAGGACGUGGCCACCAUUGUGGGCAGCCGAGAGCAGUUGGCAGUUCUCCUGCAGUUAUUUGAUAAUCAGCUCCAGCAUGAAGGAACUACAGGAUGGGACAGUUUGCUCUGGGUGGUCAACCAGUUUUUACCACAGCUUAUAGAUAUUGUAGGACGCAUCAACGUCACCUCAUCCACCUGUGUGCACGAGUUCUCCAGGUUCUUCUGGAGAUUAUGUCGAACGUUUGGGAAAAUCUUUACCAACACUAAGGUAAAACCUCAAUUCCAAGAAAUUCUGCGGCUAUCUGAGGAGAAUGUGGACGCCUCCGCAGGAAACGGCAUCCUUACAAAGGCUACGGUGCCGAUCUAUGCAACCGGAGUCCUGACGUGCUACAAUCAGGAGGAGGACCGUAAACUCUUGGUUGGCUUUCUUGAGGAUGUCAUGACCACGCUGUCUCUCUCCCAUGCUCCCCUUGACAGUCUAAAGGCUUCAUUUGUAGAGCUUGGGGCAAACCCAGUGUAUCAUGAGCUUCUACUGACGGUGCUUUGGUAUGGAGUGGUUCAUACAUCUGCACUGGUACGCUGCACCGCUGCACGCAUGUUCGAGCUGUUGGUGAAGGGGGUGAAUGAAACUCUAGUAGCUCAGAGAGUUGUUCCAGCACUUAUCACUCUCUCCAGUGAUCCUGAAAUCUCAGUGAGGAUAUCAACAAUACCUGCCUUCGGAACUAUUAUGGAAACCGUAACUCAAAAAGAGCUGCUAGAGAGAGUGAAAAUGCAGCUGGCCUCUUUUCUGGAAGACCCCCAGUAUCAGGACCAGCAUUCUUUGCACAUGGAAAUCAUCAAAACAUUUGGAAGAGUAGGACCCAACGCAGAGCCCCGCUUCAGAGAUGAAUUUGUUCUUCCUCAUUUGCACAAACUGGCUCUGUGCAACAACCAGCAGACGGUGGAGAGUAAAAGAAUUGACAUUGCCACUCAACUGUUUGAGGCAUACAGCGCCUUAUCCUGUUGUUUUAUUUCUGAAGAACUCAUGGUAAAUCAUUUCCUCCCUGGACUGAGAUGUUUGAGGACAGAUAUGGAGCAGCUCUCUCCGGAGCAUGAGGUUAUUCUCAGUUCCAUGAUAAAGGAGUGUGAAAUAAAGGUGGAGAACAAAGGCAUUGGAGAGGCACAAGGGUCCAUCUCUAUUGCAGCGAGUCUGGUGGGUGAGGAUGCAAAGACCAAGUUUCUAAGUAAGAUGGGCCAGCUGACCACCUCAGGUGCCAUGCUGGCGAAUGUUUUCCAGAGGAAGAAAUGAAAGCUGCUUGGGGUGUUUCCCACGGCCCUCCACUUUCUGGGAUCUCCUACUUGAAGUCAAUCAUCUGCCUUUCUUUUGUUUGUCUUUGAUUUGAUAGGCUAUAUUUUUAACAUAUUUAUGUCUUACAUUUUUUUCCAGCUUCCAAAGAAAUUUGCACUCAUGUAUCAAUGUUUUCCUUUUUUUUAUUAUGAUUUUAUUUCAGAGGCUUAUUUGCAUCACUUCACCUGUUUUUGUUUGUUUUUUGGACAAUGUGAACUUCAUGAAAUCAAAA